UUUAUUUACCGAACAUAUUUCAACCUGUUGAAGCAAGACACGUGGCAUAACCAAACACAAGAAGCAAACUACUUCUCCUCCUUUCAUACUCCAACGACACGUUCUUUCCAUUUCUCUCGCCGUUAAAACAUAAACCACACAGAAAACACGACGACGAACCAACAAAAGAUGUCUGCGACGACGGCGAUUUUCUCUCUAACGAACUCUAAUGCCGUCUCCACGGGAUUCAAAAAUCGAAAGCUUCAUUGCAACAACGGCGCCGUAGCUAAAACCACUUCGAGAUAUUCACCUUCUUCUCUGAUGAAGCCUUGGCCUCUUGCCUCUAGAUUCUCCCCUUUGAUUUCACCAACUGUUAAAUCUUCGGUGUUCAGGAGAUUCGACACUCUCAUGGAGUGGCAAGAAUGCAAAGUGAGGAAGAAGGUGGAAGUGCCUGUAUCUGUUGCUUACGGACUCUACUCCGAGCGAGAGUCGAUUCCUAGAUGGAUGACUUUCAUUUCAUCCGUAAAGGUACUCAAGGACAAAUCUGAUUUGUCUCGAUGGACAUUGAAGUAUUCGGCUUUUGGUCAGAAUCUAGAGUACUCUUGGCUUGCUAAGAACUUGCAGCCUCUCCCGAACCAGAAAAUACAUUGGAUUUCUCUAGAAGGCCUUCCCAACAGGGGUACUGUUCGGUUUUUCCCGCAAGGACCUUCAUCAUGUGAAGUGGAAGUGAGUUCUUCUUUUGCUUCUGCGACAUUCUCUCUCAUUAAUCAUUCAUCUUUUCUGAGCUCUUGUUUUGCUUUGCUUGCAGCUAACCUUUGCGUACGAAGUUCCGCUGCUACUUGUACCAUUUGCAACAGCGCUUCAACCGCUAAUGCAAGGAAUGAUUAAGGAUAGUUUGGAGCUAUUUGCAGAGAUUGCAAAAACCACAAAGACCACUUAGUUAUACAAAAAACACAACACCGAAACUUAUCCACAAUACACAUCACUGCAUUGUUCUUACAAGGAAUUUGCACAGAGAAUCAUUGUUGUGACGACAGAGUUACCAUAUUUAAUUUUUUAUAAAGAAUUGUUCAUGUCAAGAAAUGACUUAUA